AUGAUUUUGAACAUACUUUCAGUAAUAGGUACUGUAUUCGGGUUCUGUUUCCUCACGCUGUCCAUUGCGUCAGGGUUAUAUUACAUCAGUGAGCUAGUGGAAGAGCAUAGCGAGCCCACCAAAAGAUUCCUAUACAAAGCCAUCUACGUUAUCAUCGGCAUACUCGCCACGUGUUGGUUGCUAGAUGGACUAUCCUUCAAGUUGACCCUGUUAUCCAUUGUAUCACAUCUGGUUUACAGGGAGAAUUUGAAGAGAUUCCCAGUGAUAUCUUUAACAAGUGUGUCAUUCAUCGCGUCAUGUGUGCUAGUGGUGUUGAACCACUUUCUGUGGUUCAGAUAUUUCAGCAAGGUGGAGAUACCCCCUCAAUUCAAGUUCGACCCCACAUACAUCCCACAACGUCGUGCUACUUUCGCUGAAGUGGCCUCGUUCUUCUGUUUCUGCGUGUGGUUUGUCCCAUUCUCCUUGUUUGUCUCGUUGUCAGCUGGCGAUUAUUUACUUGCACAAUCAUCUAGUGACGCAGCGGUGCUAAAACUGCGCGGUGUUAGUGGAGAAGGUACACACAGCACGCACAGCACCCGCAACCGGAACGUCGGCCUCGUCCGCGUGGUGAUCAACUCUAUCCGUGGCCACAUAAACACAUGGCUGCAAGUUUUCGGGUACAGACGCCCCACUGAACCCCUUCUAUAG